GCGUAUCACUUAUUUCAUACGCCCCCUUUUAGUGGCAAUAUGCACACGAUUAGCCUUCUUCUACUCAUUCACUUUAGUUUCAGCCCUCGUUUCAAAGUGUUUUCAUCUAAAUGACAGAAGAAAUAAUUUUAAAAUUACUGACACUGCUGCUGACCAUUUCUCAGAGCAGUAGUAAUAAACGGCUCCUGGGGAAUCCUGGUUUCGAUAAUGCCGAUGCCUGGGAAUCUGGUUAUCUGCCUUGUGCGCUCGAGGAAGUAAUUUUCCCCGAAACAUAUCCAGCCGUGCUUCCACUUCCGCCCAAAGUCGACAUCAGCGGUUUGGUGUUGCCGCGUGAUGGUGCCAUUUUGUUUAGCCCCGAGUCCACCAUAACAUUAGGCGGUGAAUUGCAGAAGCGAGAAUGUGAAAACGGACGCAGUCGGCGAGCCUAUUUGAAAAUGCCCACAACAAAGAAAUGGUACGAUCCCAGUAGUUGGGUUAGCACCACAGCACAUGCACAGAAUACAGCAAUUCCGCAUUUGGAGCGCGUACCUUGUGCCAAUGAGACGGUGGUGAUGCAACGGACAGGACCGCUUUCGGUUGAUUUGCAGAACACGGCUUACUUAAGGUUGGGCCAUUUGAAUUUGGCAGGUUCGCUCAUAUCCAGCGAUUAUUUGAAUUAUUUAAUACACACUGAAAUUGGGCAGCUGCUUUUCAAGAACAGUUUGGACACAAUGGUGCAGUAUUAUCAUCAGGAUACCUGCGGCUGCCAACUGGAUGAGUACUUCACUUCACCGGUCUGUCAGAAUGUUAUUGAAACUUGCGAACGACCACACUGUUUAGUGCCGGUAACGCCCCUCGAAAGUUGCUGUCCGAUUUGCGGCUCUGUAUUACGCUUCUCCAUGGAGUACUGUAGCGAAGGAAAUUUGAAUAAAUUGCGCAAAGUGAUUGCUGCCGCUAUUAAGGAGCAAGAACUCACCGCAGAUUUGGAUUACCACAUUAACUACGUGCAGAUUUGGCAAUCCUCAUCAAUUAUACCUCAAGGAAAUUACCUCCAGGCAAUAAUAGUCGAUCGGGAUGGGUAUAGUGAGAAGAGUGUGCGCUUUAUGGAGCGCUUAAAUGCCACAACCGAUUGGUCAAAACUCUUUGAAGGGCCACAUCAACUAGAAAUGAUCGCAUCUGGGCGUCCCUACAACCCGAAUAUUACCUUCGGUUCCAUCGUGCUAAUCAUUCUUUGCCUAGCAUUUGUGUCUGUCGUGGCUUUAGUUAUGUUCGCGCAAUAUGCGCCAGAUCAUCGCUAUCUGCAUCAUGUGCCACAAUGGAUCUAUGAUCCGAACCGUUGGCGUGCAUUCUUGCUGCGUUCAACUGUCAUGUUUGCCCGUUUUGAAAAUGUGACAGCUGGCGGUGUCGAUGCCGAUGUGACGGAUGGCCCUACGAUGGGCUACGAUGCCGAAAGCGGUCAAGUAAGAGAGCGCGCCUUCGACAACCCAAUGUUUGGUGAGCGAUUGAAAGAGACAAGCGCUGCAAUUACUUCGACCCCUGCAGGCGCCAGCACACAACCAACAUCUGCAAGUGCUACAUCGACGGCUGCUAUUGUCACCGUGGGCAUGCCAAAAGUUAAAGAGCAAAAGUUAGCAAUGAAGUCGAGCGGCAGCAAAUUAGAAAGUGUUACAUUAGUCGAUGCCAUGGAGGGCAGCGAUAUCGAGGAAGAACAAGAAUUGACUGAAAUCACACUGGAGGACAUGCCUAGCGUGAACGACGGCGUAGAAGAAGAAACAAAGGAGUAAAUGUGAACACUUACAUACCGGGACUGCUAGCACUAGAGGGUUGAGAGGCAUCCGCAAGUGUGUUAAAUGUUACUGGAAAUGUAGUAUAAUUCUUGUUUAUACAUAUGUAUGUACAUAUAUAUACGAAUUUAUUCAUAUAUUUUGUGGAAUUAAAAAUAUAAUUAAAUAAAAUAGAAGAAA